ACAUUUCAUUUGAUUGAAAGAUAAGGUUAAGUGUCAAUUUUCUCUAUCUCAAAAUUAUUUUGUUGGAAAAUUUUGAAUAAAUUUUACAUAAGAAAAAUAGCAUGGCAUUGAAGCGUUCGAUGAGAUCAUCAGCGGUUAGAUGUACCUCAUAUAUGGGAAGACUAAAUCCUAAGAGCAAAAACCCUAGAAAAAAAAUUGGUAAGAACAAAGCCGCCAAGCAUUACAAACGGGGCCACAAAUCGGAUCAUGGACUAAAAAAUGAACCUGAGAAGCCAAGUAAACUUGCAGUAGAACGUUGCAGAUAUCCCUGUCGUAGAUAUGAAGAAUUCCAUGACCACUUUUUGAAUUAUGACCAAAUCUUGAACUUUCUAACAAAAAUUCAGAAAAAUCAUCCUGCAACAGUACAGCUAUUCAAUAUCGGACUAUCAGGACAAGGAAAACCCAUCUACAUGAUCUUCAUUACAACAAACAGCAGUCAUUCAUCCGAAACAAAAUUUGCAACAUUCAUUGAAGCAGGGUUGAAGGGUGAUGAUACAUUUGCUGUUUCAAAUGCUCUUUACAUCAUCGAUCAUCUAUGCAAAAAUCCCAACUUCGUUAAAUUAAUGGACUAUUUCAUUGUGCCGUGUGGAAACCCGGAUGCAUAUGACGAUUUUGUAAAAAGCAGAAAUGCCGAAAACAAUGCAUCUGGUACAAAAAGAACCAGCAGCACAGAAAACGGUGGUUUGUGUGAAAAAAAAACACGUCUUCAAGCCUCUAAUAGCAAACGUCUUAAGACAAGGGAAAUUCUUGAUGAUGGAUCAGUGAAAAGUAACAAAAAACUGGAAAAAAAGACAACGCAUAGAAAUAUUAAAGAAGAGCAAAAUGCGGAGGAAUGCAAUGUAGCUAAUAGUGGGGAAACUAAGAAAAAACUUGCAAUUCAAAUGGAUUUAAGCACCAACUUUGGGGUUUACCUAGGUGAAAAUGACAUGAGGAAUAUACUAACCAGCACUUUCCUCGAUAAAAUUAAACUCUGGAAAGAGAACUACGUGAAUUCGCGCCCAGAAAAUGUAGCUCUGGCUAACGCGAUUCGCAGUUGCCAGUUUGCCAUUAAACUCUUGAUUUCCUUGCAAGAAGGGGGUGAAACUAUAUGUUACCCUUAUGGGUUUUGUGAAGACACCACUGAGGAGUCCAACGAACUGAAAGAAGUCGCAAGAAAAGGAAAGUCCGGUAUUGUUGGAAGACAAUUUCGAUAUGGAAGCAUUUACCAGUUACGCGGACUAACCUAUGGAAGUUUAGUAGAUUUCCUGAAAAUGGACAGAAUUCCCAUUCAGUACAUGUAUGUUAUGCAAGUCCAUCAGAAGACUUGUCGAUAUGAUGAAAAGCGGGAAUUAAAGGAGUUGUUAACUUAUGGGUGUCAAAUAAUGGAGAGCAUUAAGCGAAUGUCUGCUGCGGUUUAUAAAACGUAUACGAACAUGACGGGAAAUCGCACAGUAGAAACUGUAUGUGUUAAAAGACAAUUAAAGAAAAAUAAUUUUUCGUAAA